GGACUGUGAAGACACCAAAAGAACCCUCAAAAGACUCCCUCCCGCCUUCCCUCAUACCUCGCCAUAUACGAGAUGAGGAGGACACUACGGUGUACUCGCCUCCUUUCCGAUCUCCCUUGGCCUUCACACCGCCGACCAACCGUGUCUUCUCUACCGGCGCUCGCACUGUCGCUGUUACCCCAGCGGGCAUGGAAUUCCGAGAAUAUAAAGUUACGGAACUACCAGGAGGACUGUAUUCAAGCAAUUCUGACGCAUAUGAAUGAGGGAGGGCGAAGGAUGGCGAUUUCACUGGCUACUGGUGGAGGGAAAACUGUAUUCCUCAUUUCCCUUAUACUCCUUCCUCUGAACGAGCGAUAAACUCACGAGAUCAAUGCGCGCUACUUGUGGCGAUAGAUCAUCUUCACAGAGUUAAUAUCCCGCCUAACUCACCCCGUGCGCCCAAAAGCCGAGAAAACACUCAUCCUAGUACACCGCCGGGAACUUGUCCAACAGGCGGCGAAGCAGUGCGAAAAGCAGUACCCGGGCAAGGUCAUUGACAUAGAAAUGGCCUCUUCGCACGCGAGAAAGGAGGCAGAUAUAAUUGUUGCAUCGGUACAAUCUAUUAUAAACCGGCUGGAAAAGUACGAUGCGGAAUUGUACAAACUUGUAUUGAUCGAUGAGUGCCAUCAUGCGGUUUCGCCGUCGUAUCUAAAGGUCCUCAGACAUUUUCAGGCUAUAGAAGUUAAUGACAAGACUCCGGUUGUUGUGGGUGUUAGUGCCACGGUUUCAAGAUUUGAUGGGUUGAGCUUGGGGAAGGUGUUGGAUAGGCUGGUUUUUCAUAUGUGGGUGUUCUUGAAGUGGGGAUUGGUUGGGCAGGGGCUUAUGUGUGCGUAGGGACUCUGCUACGAUGAUUGAGAAUGAAUGGUUUGUUUUCCGUGGGGUUAUCACUGUGGAUGCUGGCUGAUUGGGAUAGGUUAUCGCCUCCACGGUUUACGACCGUGAGCUCAAGUGUAGACCUGACAAGCGUCGGGGAUAGCGCAACCGGAGAUUUUGAUAUAAGGGGACUUGGGCGAGCCGUCAACACCGAUGUAGCAAACCAUGUUAUUGUAAAAACCUGGAUGGACCGAGCACGUACUUCUCCCUCCAUGUCUUCACCUAACCACUUACUAAUCCUUAACAGCAAAUCGUAAAUCAACCCUAGUAUUCUGUGUCGACCUGGCCCAUGUUCGCUCAGUAAUGGACAAAUUCCGUGCGCACGGCAUUGACGCCCGGGAGGUCACCAGUAGAAGCCCAACCCAAAUCCGCCGAGAGUGUCUGGAUGAGUUCAAAGCCGGAAAAUUUCCCGUGAUGGUUAACUGCGGUGUUUUUACCGAAGUACCCCCCCCCCCCCGACCUCACCUUGCUCCUCUGAAGGUCGAUUGAGCGUACUGAUGAUGGGUAGGGAACCGACAUUCCAAAUAUCGACUGCGUAAUCCUCGCGCGCCCAACCCGCUCGAAAAAUCUAAUCACCCAAAUGAUCGGUAGAGGCCUGCGUAAAUCAAAGGAUACGGGGAAAAUUGAUUGCCACGUAAUCGACAUGGUAGCAAACCUCUCUCGGGGAAUUGUUACAACGCCAACACUCUUCGGCUUAGAUCCAGAUAUGGUGGUCAACGAGAUGACACCAGACCAAAUGCGCGCUGCAGCCGCCAAAGAAGCAGAGGCGCGGCGGAAGGCUGGGGAGGAGGAGGAGAAACGUCUUCGUUAUGAGCAGUUGCACGCUGAGGACGAGCUCCGGAGGAAGGAGGAAGCCAGGCUCGAGGAGGAGAUCCAGAAAAUGAAGGAGGAGAAGAGAAGGGCUGCGCAAGAGAAGGUGAUGAGAGUCGCCGAAGAAGCGCGAAUAAAAGCCGAGCAGGAAGCACUAGAACGCAAGCAGGCCGAAAUAGAAAUGGAAGAGGCCAAAAGGGAAGGGAAGAAACUCGCCGAAGCAGCCGAGCGCCAGAUUGCCAAGGAGGAGGGACACCUCCGGGCCAUCGCUGCCGAAAGGCUAAAACAGGAUGCUCUGGCCAGAAUCUCACCAGCACCUCCAAUCAAACUAGAGUACACAGACUAUGAAGAUAUCUGGGACUUGCUGAGCGAUAGUCGUUCCAACAAUCUUAUCUAUAAAAUGAGCAGGCUGGCCUGGGUCGCCAUCCACCCGAGUAAGUAUAUUCUCAGUUGCGGCCGGAACGGGUACAUCAAGGCGGAAAUGGACUGUGACGGGUGGUAUAACGUGGAAGAAUUCCGCUCGCUCCCGCCAGAGGUGGGGCGGGCCAAGUGGGCGAAGCCGAAACUUGUCAUGUCUGGUGUUGAGCAACUGGAUGCAGCCAUCCGCGGCGCUGGUAUUAUUUCCCUCUUCCCUUAAAUUAACACCUACUAACUUGAGCGUAUCAUACAGACACCUACGUCCUAAGCACCUACCCCAGAAUAUUAAUAGAGCGUAGUUCUUCGUGGCGCAAACUCCCCGCCUCGGAUCAGCAGCUUGAGUUCCUGAAGAAGUUUCGCCACCGCGGUGACAAGGAUUGGGAAGACAUGCGAAAGUCCCAAGCACUCACGAAGGGCAUGGUCGGGGACAUCAUCACCCGCGUGAAGCACGGCACUGUACGCCAUUUCGACGAGAAGAUGAAGGAGGAGAAGAGGAAGGAGAAGGAGAAAGCUAAGGAAUCGAAGAGGAGGCUAAGGGAGGAGGUUAAGGUGGGGGCUAUUGAGUAAGUUUGUCUGACAUUAUUGGGGGGGGUAUUGGGAGUGAAUGGGGGAUUGUAUAUAUGCUAUAUUUGCAGUUGUAUUAUAGGUUUCAGGUAUGGGUUAGAAUUUGGAUUGGGUGUUUUUCAUUUUUUUUUUUUUUUCAGGAAUGGUUCUUUGCUGAAACGUUUUCUGUACGUCACUCGGGGGUGGCUAAAUAUCCGAUGAUAGCUGGGGGGGGGGUUUGAUGAGAGUAUCACUUCUAUAGUAUGUAUUUUCGGUUUAGUUACAACCCUCUACUUCAUGUGCAUCUUCUAGUGAUGCCGCGUUCGAGUAUUUAUAG